UGAUAACGCAUCACCGAUUGCCGACGACAACAUUCUACCCUUUGCCCAUACAAGUGGUGGAUCACAAGUGGAUUUUUAUUAAUCGUUUUGGAAGUAUCAACUGUGAUAUUCGUCUACAGUCGCGAAUUCGUGCAUGCGUCCCCGAACGAACGAUUAGUUGUUCGUUAGUUGUACGUGAUAGCUCGACCUGGUAGAUGUGCUGACACUUGGAACGGUGGUGUUAAACGUUUAAAAUGCCUUUACGUCUAGAUAUCAAGCGCAAGUUGACUGCCCGGUCGGAUCGUGUUAAAUCCGUUGAUCUCCAUCCCAAAGAACCAUGGAUGUUGGCAUCAUUAUACAACGGUAACGUUCAUAUAUGGAAUCACGAAACAGCCACUCUCAUUAAAUCCUACGAAGUAUGUGAACUACCUGUUAGGGCAGCUAGAUUUGUUGCUCGAAAAAAUUGGAUUGUUACUGGAUCAGAUGAUAUGCAACUGCGUGUGAUAAACUAUAACACUUUAGAGCGUGUUCAUCAACUUGAUGCACAUUCUGAUUACUUACGAAGUAUUGCAGUUCAUCCAUCUCAACCUUUUAUCCUUACUAGUAGUGAUGAUAUGUUGAUUAAACUUUGGAAUUGGGAAAAACAAUGGGCAUGUCAACAAGUUUUUGAAGGACAUACUCAUUAUGUUAUGCAAAUUAUGAUUAAUCCCAAAGAUAAUAAUACUUUUGCUAGUGCUUCAUUAGAUCGAACUGUUAAAGUUUGGCAACUGGGUUCUUCGACACCAAAUUUUACUUUGGAAGGACACGAAAAAGGAGUUAAUUGUGUUGAUUAUUAUCAUGCUGGAGAUAAGCCAUACUUAAUAUCUGGUGCUGAUGACCGACUUGUUAAAAUUUGGGAUUACCAAAACAAAACAUGUGUUCAGACAUUAGAAGGCCAUGCUCAGAAUAUUUCGGCUGUUUGUUUCCAUCCUGAACUUCCAAUUGUUUUAACUGGUUCUGAAGAUGGUACUGUUAGAAUUUGGCAUUCUGGUACCUAUCGAUUAGAAUCAUCAUUAAACUAUGGUUUAGAACGUGUAUGGACAAUUUGCUGCUUACGUGGAUCUAAUAAUGUAGCUUUAGGAUAUGAUGAAGGUAGCAUAAUGGUUAAAGUUGGUCGUGAAGAACCAGCUAUGUCAAUGGACGUUCAUGGUGGAAAAAUUGUUUGGGCACGGCAUAGUGAAAUUCAACAAGCUAACCUAAAGGCUAUGCUUCAAACAGAAGGAACUGAUAUUAAAGAUGGUGAACGUUUACCUAUACAAGUCAAAGAUAUGGGAAGCUGUGAGAUUUAUCCACAGUCAAUAUCUCAUAAUCCAAAUGGAAGAUUUUUGGUUGUAUGUGGUGAUGGAGAAUAUAUUAUUUACACAUCAAUGGCUCUACGUAAUAAAGCAUUUGGAUCUGCUCAAGAUUUUGUAUGGUCUUCUGAUUCUGAGUAUGCAAUCCGAGAAAAUUCUUCUACAAUUAAAGUUUUUAAAAACUUUAAAGAAAAAAAAUCCUUUAAACCAGAAGGUGGAGCAGAUGGUAUAUUUGGAGGUUAUUUAUUGGGUGUGAAAUCUGUUACUGGAUUAGCUCUAUACGAUUGGGAAAAUGGUAAUUUGGUACGAAGGAUUGAAACACAACCAAAACAUGUAUUUUGGUCUGAAUCUGGUGAAUUAGUUUGUCUUGCCACAGAUGAAGCUUAUUUUAUACUACGAUUUGAUGUCAAUGUACUUAGUACUGCCAGAGCAUCUAAUUUUGAAGCUGCUAGUCCAGAUGGUCUUGAAGAUGCUUUUGAAAUAUUAGGAGAAGUUCAAGAAGUUGUUAAAACUGGUCUAUGGGUUGGUGAUUGCUUUAUAUAUACCAAUGGAGUAAAUCGUAUUAACUAUUAUGUUGGUGGUGAAAUUGUUACUGUAUCUCAUCUUGAUCGCACAAUGUAUCUUUUGGGAUAUGUGGCUAAAGAAAAUCGGUUAUACUUGGGUGACAAGGAACUAAAUAUAGUUUCUUAUAGUCUACUUCUGUCUGUAUUAGAAUACCAAACAGCUGUCAUGAGAAAAGAUUUUGAAAUUGCUGAUCGUAUACUUCCGUCAGUACCUUCACAAUAUAGAACACGUGUAGCUCAUUUCUUAGAAAAACAGGGUUAUAAAAAGCAAGCAUUGGCAGUAUCGACUGAUGUUGAGCACAAAUUUGAAUUGGCAAUACAAUUACAAGACUUAGCUAAAGCACAUAUGCUUGCUAAAGAAGCAUCAAGUCCACAAAAAUGGAGACAACUUUCUGAAUUAGCUACAGCACAAGCUGAUCUUGAAUUAGCACAAGAAUGUCUUCAUCAAGCUCAAGAUUAUGGUGGUUUACUUUUGUUAGCUACAUCUUCUGGUAACAGUGAAAUGGUUAAAAAAUUGGCUGAAAGUACUAAUUUAAAUGGCAAAAAUAACAUCUCAUUUCUUUCAUACUUACUUUUGGGUGAUUUAAACAAAUGUUUACAACUAUUAAUAGAAACUGAUAGAUUGCCCGAAGCAGCAUUUUUUGCACGAUCAUAUUUACCAAGCAAAAUGUCUUAUGUUGUUGGAUUAUGGAAAGAUUCAUUAAGCAAAACUAAUUUAAAAGCUAGUGAAUCUUUAGCUAAUCCAGAUGAAUAUGAAAACUUAUUCCCUAACUACCAAGAAUCUUUAAAGACCGAAGUUUAUUUACAGUCUGAAAGAAAUAGACAAUUGCCAGCUGCUGCUUAUGCUAGUACUCCGUUGAAUCAUGAAAGAAAUUGUUUAGAAGAAAUGAAAUCAGCUGGACCUCUAGAACCCAAUUUUAUUGUAAAUGAACAAAUUGCUAGCAUCAAAGCUGAGGUCUUACAAGCUAACUAUACUGAUAAGAAACAAGAUGAUUUAAUUUUACCACCACCGAUAAUUCCUAUGAAAAUAAUAGAUAAUUUCGAAGAUGUAGAUAAAGAAUUAGAAGAGGAAAUAGAAAAUAUGAACUUGGAUGAUAUAGAAUCAACGGGCAUAAAUAUUGAUGCUGAAUUAUCCGAUGAUGAUGAAGACGACAAUGAUUAUUCUUGAAUAAUAAUACAAUAUAUUUCUGGUAUGUAUAAGUCAUAAUGGCUUAAAAAUGUAAAAAUAUUAUUAUAUUGUAAUUGGAAAUGAUAUUAUUAUUUUUGUUAGUAUUA